AUGGACGAAUUCUCGAGCACAUUGGAAGCAAUCGGCGAGUACACGAUCGUCCCAGAAUGGCCUUCAAUGCCAGCCUUUCAAGCACUUCAGCAGUUCAAGGGCUUGCCUGAUUUCUUGAUGUUUCCGGCAUUCCUGGCAUUAAGGCACCAGGAUCAUUUCACCUCUACAUCACCAGAAGGUUGUUCUCCACCAGACUUGGAUGUUAUCCAUGUUAUGGGGGCCUUUUUGAGUUUCGCAGACGAAGCACGGAAACGAAGUCAAUCAUCUUCCGAUGCUCUCAAAUACGCAUGUCACAAUUGGGCCUUCCACCUUUCGCGAGCUCCUAAUCCAUGGGAUGACCCACUAAGACACAUUUUCAAGUCUUUCCGGAAUCGUAAUCUCCUCUCCUGGUUCGAGAGGCAGUGGUGUUUGAAGGGUCUGCGGUCUUGCCUCGUGAUUUUAUCCGAAGGGCAAAAACUUGCAAAUGAACUUCAUCUCUUUCGUGCUCCAGGUCCAUCUCAGACAUCAGUCUGA